ACUCCCCUCGGUGAACCAGGUUACCUGCACCAACAAAGGAUGACUUUCUACAGGGACCUCUGUGAUGAUGGGUGCUAUUCACCAUUUGGUUAUGAAGACCUCUAUGGUUUUGGGGGCCUGAAUGGCUACCGAUUUGGGAGCCCAUAUGGUUACUACCGGGACCAGUACCGAUAUGGCAGCCCAUAUGGCUACAGAAGCUUUGGGAGUCUGUAUGGGAACAGAGGCUUGAAUGGUUAUGGGGGUUAUUAUGGGUAUGGGGACUUGGACGGGUUUGGGUACGGCUACCCCUUCUCUUCUCGUUUUGGAAACAGAUACAGCUAUUGAAACUGCUCUCCACGCUGAACCAGCAGAAAUAGCAAACAAGAAAUGAAAUGCAGGACAUGGAUUCAUGGAUAAGUUUAUGAUGCUGAGAAAUGCUGAGCACCCAUGUCUCUGGCUGAGUUCAGUAGGACAUGGGAUGCCAGACUGCAUAAGACUACCCCAUAUGUAACACUCUUUAAUACCUCCUGUUUCUUCAACUAUUACUCUAAAGGGCAACUUAAAUUACAGCAAGUACUGAGGCACCUUUACAGCAUGUUGACAGAGUAAGGCAAGACUUUCCAGGUGUGAGUAAAGUGCUUUUUAAGUUAACUCUCAGCCACUUUUUAUUGCCAUAGUAAUAGGAGUUUCUGCAACCACCAUGGACGAGUCCACUUUGGUCAGCUAUAAACUUCAUCAAAGAUGACAUCUAGUAGAGAAGCUCCUGUUAUAUAUUCAUGCUGUGCCUCAUCUGGCAGUGAACAUGAUUUACCAGCAACUCUGUGAGCAACAAACAUGUCUGGACUGUCAAACUCCACCGUUUCCACAACAAGAAAGGCUCAUCCAACAUCAAACACACUCUCCUUGCUGAAGACCCUUUUGUAAAAUUUGCUAACUUAUUCUUUGUGUUACUCACUGUUUCUCAUUGUCAUUAAAAUUACUCUGCUUAAUAGUA